GCAACGCGGCAAUUCCGGAGCCAUAGCUUCCCUGCUCUCUCCCGAAAGGAACCGCCUGCUCCCAGGAGCCGGGGCUCAUCCCUGCCUACUUUACAGAAGACAGAUCUUAAGAAAUCUCUUUUAAAUGAGAGCCUAGGCCCCCUAGUAUGGGCUCCACUCCAGCUCUCUCCUAUAGUCAGAGGAGAACUGGAAAGACACAUAUCACAUAAGGUUUCGACUUUGCGGGCACAAGUGGUGCAUCUGCCUGUGAAGAAAUCCUGGGAAAUACGUAACGAAUUGAUGAAUGUACAAGGAGUCCCUGAACAAGGGCUCCCCAAAACUCAGUUACCUACACUCCUCCCUCAGAGGGCUGAGCAAAAUACCAACAUUUCUCCAGAUGCUCCAUCGUUUCAUGUCCAUGUAAACAUUGGGGUGAAUUCUGAAUUAAGCAGGACGGAAGUGUCACAGACGCUGACCUCAAACAAGCAGUUACAGUCUGCGAAUGACCACCAGGUUCUUAGCUACAACCCUGUAGUUAUAUCAAUGGGCACUCCAGCUCCCAUUAACAUAGUUCGGGAAGAAAACGCUUUAAUAAAAAAGGAUCCAAGGCAUGUGUUAGAGCUGAAUAUAGAUCAGAGGGUCCUCGGUCUUCCAGAACAAAGGAUACAGCCACAAAGGGCACAAGUAACUGACGUGGAACUGACAGCCCAGGUACCACGCUCAGCCAUGGACAGCAUAAAGGUCACUCCAGUGGCACUGCUUCAGGUUAUGGGCUUGAUGGGAAUGAUCCCAGAAUCACAUGCGCAGGUGAUAGACUGCGUGGGGUUUCCCCCGCAGCCACCAAAUCAAGCAGAAACAGUGAAUCUAACUCCUCAGCCAUCAGAUCAAGUAAUUAAACCAAAAACAGUAAAAAUUCAACAGUAUUCAGCUACGGAAUCAAAGAGUAUGGCCUCAAGACAGAGUCCAGUCACAGAUAAUAUGAAGGUAACUCCUGCGGAAUUGCUUCGCAUCAUGGAUUCUAUGGGGAUGAUUAAUGAAUUAUACCCACAUGUCAUAAAACCAGCAGAAAUAGCCCCAAAGCCACAAUACCAAGUCAUGGAAUCUGCAAAGGUGGAUAUACUGCAUGGCCACCAAGAAAUACCACCAGAAGAUAAGAGUCUAGGGCUACAGCAAUCAGUUCUGGGAACUGUGGAAGUGAUCCCCCAGCCUCAGCAUAAAGUCAUGGGAACACCGAACACGACCUUGGGCCCACAGAAUCAAGCCACAGAACACAUUGGGAUUGCUCCCGGUCCAAUACAUGAAAAUAUAUUGGAAAUUAGCUCAAGUGUACUUCCUAAAGCCAUUGAUUAUACAAAAGCAACCCCAGUGGCACAACAAACCAUGGAUUUCAUGCAGAAAAUUCCACCAGGAGAGCCACACAUUACAGAACCUAGGGCUUUGAUCCAAACUGAAAAUUUGACCACACUGCCAGCCCAGCCAGACGUUCUGACUUCUACUGUCCCAAGAGGAGCAGCAGAAUCUCGAGGCAUACCUCCACAGCUACCGUCUACAGUCCUAGCGUCAUCAGGAGUGAUUCUGCUACCAUCAGGUCAAUCCCUGCAUGCUCUAAAGGUGACCCCGAUAGUACAGGCGCCACCUGGGGUGGGAAUGAUCCCACCACUCCAAGUUGUAGAGCCUCCUGGUUUGAUUCCACAGCCAGUGGCUCAAGUCAAAGAACCUCUGGACUUGCCUUCUGGGUUCCAGGUUCAAGCUGGAGACUCUGUGGGGAUGACUCCACAACAUCAAGGCGCAGAGGGUGUGUCAUCGACUCCAGGACUGUCUCAGCAGGUCAUGGACCCUUCAAAGUUUACCCCACGGCACCAAGACUUAGACUAUUCUGAAGUGAGCCCAAGGCAAAGUCACAAAAUCCCAGAAAGGGGUGGGACCUCUGACACCCAGCCCCAAAUGAAGAAUUCUGUAGAGAUGACAGAGGUACAUAAUCAAAUAGUGGAACCUGUGAGAACAAUCACAGCACCACUAGAUCAAGGUACAAUACCCAUAGGAAGGAGCCAAAAACAUCACGUUACAGAAGUGGAAGUGGUGCCAGUUACACCACUACUUAAGGAAAUGAAACAUUUGGGGGAAAACUCAAUCCCACAGCCUAAGGUUAUGGAUUCAACGAAUUUAUCCCCAGAAUUACAGAACGUAAAAUCUGAGCACCUAAUCCCAGAUCCAAGAUUGCGAAAUAUGAAAUCUGUGGACAUAGCCAUGGCUUUAGUCCCAGAAAAAGUAAAAUAUGGACCACCGACCUCAAGAGCGGUAUCUACAGAUUUGACCCUAGAAUUGCAUCAGCUGAUUAUGCAGUUUGAGAAAUUAACCCACAGGCCACAAUUGCAAAGUGAGGAAUCUGUGCCAUCAGCCCCUGAAUCUCAACUUCAAGAUGUGAAAUCUGGCCAAGUGAUAGUUGAAGCACAACUCCAAAACAUACAGUCUGCUGGGCUGGCCCCAGGUCCACAGGUGCAAAGUGAUAAAUCAGUACAUUUGACCCCUGGUUCACAGACUCAAGGCAUGCAAAGGGUUGUUCAUUCAGCCCUAUCGCAGGAGUUACAAGGAGAUACAAAAAUGGUGGAGUUGGCUCCAAGACCAUCACUUGAAGAUAAGAAAUCUGUGAACUUAACCCGAAAACCAUAUUCACAAAGCACCAGCUUUGAGAAGACAGCCCAUGUACCAUUGCUCGAAGAUAGAAAGACUCUGUUGGUAGAAGGUAGGAGUUUAAUUCCCGAGGCACUGGUGGAAAGUGUGAAUCUUAGUGAAUUGGUCCCAAGCACACACCUUUGUGCGGUAAAAUCCUUAGAAGUGAACCCCGACCCAAGUUAUCAUUUCCUGGAACCUGCAGAAUUGGCCCUACGGCAUCAAGCCCCAGAAGAAAGAGUGGGCUCUGACAUUUGUCAUCAGGUGGAAGAAUCUGUUGAGCUGACACAAUCAUCAUUAGGAAUGAGGCUGACGCCACUGCGCCAAACCUCAGACUCUAUGGAGAUGUACUCACCACCACUCCAAGAAACUCUUGAAACUAGGAACCAGGUUGUAAAAGAGAUGGAAGAGACUCCAGAAUCACAAAACGCAAUUAAAGAUGCUCUGGAUUUGCUACCAGAAUCAGAAGUGCAGAAUAUGAACUCAGUGGUGAUGGCCCCAGAACCACAUCCCUACUCAGAUGGGAAGUUUCUACAUGGGACUCUAGAAUCGUGUUCAGAAAUAACUCUAAGACCAGAAUACAAAGACAGAGAGACUAUCAGAUUAACAUUACCUAAAGUUGAUGAUACUCAGGGGGCCAUGAUAGAACCAUAUUCAGAAAUGGAAUCUCUGGAGUUGGGUCUAGAACCAGGAGUGCAAGCAUGUGUGUGUCCAUCCAUGUGGGCUCUGAAGACUGAACUCAGGUCAUCAGGCUUAGCAGCAAGCACCCUUAUCCAUGGAACCAUUUCCCCAGGCCCCAGACUGAGAUAGUCUUGGGGGUCCUCCAGUUAAAUUACAACUUAAACCUGAACCCAGAACAUACUUUUUCUUUUCCGGCACUGCUUAGUUCACGUGACAAAAUCACUAAGAAUGUUCCCCACCUCUAUGCUACCCAUCCCCCUUUAAAAAAUAAAAAAAAAACAACCAAAACAAAACAAAUGAGUAAAAUGACAUU